AUGAGUGAUAUGUUAUUUUUUUUAGGAAACCGACAUUUUAAAAGAUCUACACGGAGAAAGAAAUGGAUUCAAGGCUUUUAAGGUUCACUGCUUUUUGUCUCGUCUUUUCAUUCGCAGAGGGCUUGUUCUAUACAUCAUCAGAAGUGUGUUAUGGACCACUAGGAUGCUACAGUAAUAGUUACCCGUUUACAAACGCGCGGGGAAAGUUGCCAGAAUCACCUGGAGACAUAGGUACUACGUUCUUCCUUUUCACUCGAAAUUCCUCAACGGAGUAUGUGGAACUCGUGCCAUCAACCCUAACCGAGCCCAAGCCUAUUAUACUGAUAAUUCACGGGUACACUGAGUCUGCACAAAAGCAAUGGGUUAAGGACAUGGUCGCUGAAUUACUGGAACAUGGUGACUAUUACGUCAUUGCCGUUGAUUGGAGUAGCGGCACAGAUGAGCCUUAUUAUCUGCAAUCGGUUGCUAAUACAAGAGUUGUAGGAGCGGAAGUCGCGCAGCUUCUUAAAAAAUUGAGAGAUGAAAACGGUUUCGACCCUGCUAACAUGCACAUAAUUGGACACGGUCUUGGUGCACAUGUAGCCGGAUACGCGGGCGAGAACUUUGAAAAUAUUGGCAGAAUAUCAGGGCUAGACCCAGCUGGCCCAGCAUUUCAAUUUACUGAGCCGAUUGUCCGUUUGGACCCAACUGAUGCAACUUUUGUAGACGUCAUCCAUACAAACGGUAAACUUACAGGUUUUGGCAUUAAGAAGUCGGUUGGCACAGUGGAUUUCUUUCCAAAUGGAGGGAAAGACCAACCCGGAUGUCCAGAAACCUCUGAUAUAGUUACUGACUUGUUUAACGGCGCGGAUUUGCAGGGUUUGGUUGGUGGCUUGUUUUGCAGCCAUCAGCGUUCAGUGGAGUUUUUCAUCGAAUCAAUCAACACUAUGUGCCUAUUUAAAGCAUACCCAUGCCCCGACUUAUCAACGUCAAGUUCGUGCAAUUCUUGUGGCACCGGAUGUCACCGGAUGGGAUUUCAUGCAAGCCCUUCAAUGAAUCCGGGACAAUUCUACGUACAGACAUAUUCAUCCGAAUCUUAUUGUAUUGAAUACUCUUAAGAUGUACCAAAACGUUUUAGUAGCGUCAAGUUAAUUACUUAUUCCCUAUUCCUUAUUUUCAUCGUGGUAAAAUUAUCUUAGUAAUGUGCAAAACUAAGGCUUAAUUACUCUAAACCUAUUGAAACGCAUUUUUCUUUUAACAGAACCCCGCUACAGUACAAUAUAACUAAAACAAUCGAGAAUGAAUGAAAGGAUGUCGGAUAGGUAACUGUUUACUUAACCCCGAUAUUCGUUAGAAAAUAUUCAAUGGAAUACAAAUGUAUAUAAAGAUGGCAAACAUGUGUAAUCUGGUACAGUAUGUACAGUCCUUGGAAUGUGGAAUAAGUAACUGAUUCGCUAGAAUCUGCCUAAUGGACUGUCGACAUAGGAAUCUUAUAAAUCAUCUUACAAUUUAAGAAACAUUUCCUUGGUAAUUACAGUUGUAGACCACUAAAUCAAGCGAAGGAUAUGAUGUCAAUCAAAGAUUGAGUUGAAAUUCAGUUUAUGACGUCAUACUGUUCAAGACAUGUUUUCAGUAAAUGAAUGUAUUUACCUUGUGUCUUUAUUAACAAUGCAAUUAAAUUAUGCAAAU